AUGCCUGCCCCCGGGCGAUCUGCCCCUGCGUCACCGCGACAACCAUCUCGCAUCCCGACGCGACGCUCGUCUGCCAGCACACCGCCAUCGGCAGCAGGCAGCCCCACAACACCCGCUGCGAUCGCUGCGAACCCAGCCUCGAUCGGAUCGCCCUCGAGACCAGCACCCUCCUCCACCUCGCACGGCACGCUGGCGCACUCGACGACAAACGAAGCAGGAAGGCGAGCAGAACGCUCAAUAUCAGUCUCACAACCCCACCGGUUGUCGCAUGAGGCGAGCUUUGAGGCGAAUAUGGCCCCGGGGACGAUCGACGUCAUCUCUGGCUCACCGCAUUUGUCGCCAAGUCCGCCACCGGAGACGCGGGAACGGCUAGGCGUUAGUCGGAGUGCACAGAAGUACCUGUCAUCAUCAUCGUCGUCACCAAAGUCUUCACAGAUACGCGAAGUCGAAGAAGGCUUGCGCUCCCCUUCGUCGCUGGUGUACCCGGCCCCGAUCCGAUUUCCCUCGCACCCAAGCCGACCGUCAUCAUCGACGACCACGGGCCAGCCCCGUCGAUCGACAUGUCCUGUUCGCCCAAAGCUGGAGCGGCCAUUGAGUACGUGCUACACCUCUUUACCUGUUCCACCGCCUCGCACGCCAGGCGACGACGACGACGAAGCCUCGCCCUCGCAGCAGUGGACAAGUUGGCUGUGGGGGUCGAACUCGCGCCAUCACCAGCAGCAGCAGCAAGGAGCCGACUCCCUCGCCGAGCGUGGUAGGAGGGGGUCGCCGAUCAAGCGGAGCAGUGAAAGGGAACCUUCGCUCGAGUAUUCGACGGCAGCGGGCGAAAUGAGGUCGCGAGAAGGUCUACCCAAGGUGACGAGGCAGUGUCUCAUCGCCGAGAUCAAAUGCUAUGGCAAAGUGAGCCGAAUCUUCUUCCUGCGCUCCGAGCCACGUCCGAGCUGACUUGUACCGCACUCCUCGUGGCCACAGUAUAUGCUACCGCCUAUCAUAGUGUUCCUCGGUCUUGUCAUGUCGCUCGCUUUGGUGCUGUAUGCGCAUGCCCGCAGCCGACAAUCUGAUACAGAUGUUCACCCUUGA